AUGAAUGCAGCAGAAAGACUCUAAAACCCUUCGAGUGUUACAAUGAGGACCUUAAGCUUUUCCCUUACCUUCAUCCUCCAGUUGUCUUUGACCCCAAAGCCUUAUGUUGCAGGAGUGGACUGGGAAACUCAGAAUGUGGCAUUUGAGUCCAAUACAACUGAUAGGUACAUACUGCCACCAACUGAAAAGACUCCACAGGACCUUGUCUCCUCACUAACAUACUCAGAUACUGCAUUAUCCAGUGCUGAUUUACAUGAGCAUGUCAAGCCACAGAAAGCCUGUGCAGUGCCCAAUAGUGCCAAGUUGUGGCCCGUGAAAGCCCUUAUCAUGUCUGAGUCACAUUGUAGGCUGUUUGGAAAUGUCAGUGUUAGCCAUAUUAUACCAAGGAGGUACUGUGAAAGUGGUUUGAAAAUGAUUUGGUCCCUCUUUCAAUCAGAAGCUACUCGUUUGGUGGUGAAAGUAAUAACACCUUUAUUAGAGGUUGUCACAAUGUCUUUACACUUGUUCUCUAGUCUUUUUAAGACAGUUACACCACAAUCAUUUGUCCAGAUUGACUCUGAUAGAAUUGAUCAACACAAUACUGUAUCUGAGGUAAAUAUGUCCUAUGGUCAUCAGAAUAUAGACCACCAGAAUAUAGUGAUCCUGGAGGAUGACCCUGUAGUGAUGGAGUCAGCCUCCUUCCUCUUUGAGAAGCGCCCCUCUGUGUCGACUCUACUGAGGUACCACAAGGGGGCGCUGAAAGUCCUCAGGGGCUCUCAGACCCUUUUGACCAGAGACAGUCGUGUCGUACUGGUGGGUCAUGGCAGCAAGGGCAGUGAUGGUGUGGCCAGACUAGGAGGUUAUGGGCCAGAGGAGCUUGCCAAAGUUGUGGUGGCCAUGAAGAUAGAAGAUGGGCAUCUGCACACCCUCAGCCUGGUGGGCUGUGCACUAGGAAAGGACCUCAAGUUUGCAGAGCGGCUGCUUCAAGCGCUCAUCUCACUCAACGUGGAGACCAAACUGCACCUGAGGAGCUCAGCACUAUCCGUCAGGCCCAACGGAGAGAAGGUGACCAGAGAGGAGGGGGUCUGGAGGCAUAAAGACGGCAGUAAGAAAGUAAUCGCCCAGCUGGACCAGAACGGUAACCUGCUGACCAGAGUGGAAGGAGACGACAGAGGACAGGUCAUUCCCAACUACCAGGGGCACGCCCUAUACAUACAGACUUUAGAAUGGCCGACCCACCCUCAAAUGUUUGUCUCAGCAAACUUGCGUAAGAAGUACACCUCGAUUGACUGUUUAGAGGGGCUUACAUGGAGCCUGUUUUUUGAGGAAAAUGAAAGAAGGCGCGCUCCAGAUUACAUCCCAGUGCACAAACAGGGGAACCUCACGUCCGUGUGGCUGGCUGACCACAAACCCAUGGAAGACAUACCCAUCAAGCACCUCACCACCAUUCUCGAUCUGCUGGUGGAGAUCAGGUACAAUGCCAGGGAAGACACCGACUUUGACUUGUAUUACGUUCUGAACGACUGCAUCUUUAAGGUGCAGAGGAGAACCUUCUACGCCUCCCUGGUGGGGAAGUACAUUCAUUCUAACCAUCUGGAAGAAAUGGAGAAAUUCACUGAUGCUUUCAGGCACCAGAAGGAGGACUAUUCCCUCCAAGAGCUUAGACAGGGCCUCAAGGCGUCCGAAUUCAACAACUUCUGCCGCCAGACGUUCCAGCUGCAACGAUGUGUCCAGGACUGUGAACGCUGGGGCCACUACUUCAUGGCUGCUGUGUUCUCUGCAUCUGUCCGAAACUUCCGCACAUUCUCACUCUUCCUUAUGAGUGUUAUCGCUUGUGAGGUGGGCCGAUCCCAAGGCUCUGACAGCUCACUCUGUACAGCCUUUGUUGGGGAUGACCACCCUAUGGUAGGGGACGACCCUUGGCUUGAACGCAGUAGACGCGGGUUCUAUGGCUGCACGGUGGGCAAAGCUGAGGAGAUGAUGACCAAACGAGACACACUCGACUGGCUGGAUCAGGUUGUUUCCAAGGAGAAUGCCCUCUUUGCCAAGUCCAAGCAGAUGAUGAGUGGCGUCGACCACGACCAGGAGACAGAGCUUGAUAUCUUUGGGAGGGUCAAGGUCAUGAAUAAAUAUGUGUUUUCAUCUUUCCUUGAAUUCUUUCGAGGAACGCCAGAGGGGAAGAAGCUGGCAAGAGGAUGCAGAGCUUGAGGAUAGUACAUGGCUUCUAGAUGACCAAAACCCUAUUCAACGAGAUUGAAAAUUGUAAUAAUUGUUACUGGCUAAUAUCUGUUAAAUAUGGGAGGCAAAAUUAUAGUUUAAUUAAUGUCUAAUUAAGCAAUAUGGGCCAAGGGGGUGUGGUAUAUUGACCAAUAUUUCAAGACUAAGGGCUGUUCUUAUGCACAACGUGAAGAGGAGUGC